GGAGCUCCGAAGCGAUUCAUCAGCCGGACUCCACUUCGACCGCGCCUCCUGUCCCCUGCGCUCCAGGUCUACUAUGGCAGCGACCGCCAGCACUGCGUUCCUUCUGUGCCUCUCCUUUCUGCACCUGCUGUCCGGCUGGUCCGGGGCAGGGCGGGCCGUCAAACACUGUCUUUCCUAUGACUUCAUCAUCACUCCUAAGUUCAGACCUGAACCACGAUGGUGUGAAGUUCAAGGCCUGGUGGAUGAAAGGCCUUUUCUUCACUAUGACUGUGUUAACCACAAGGCCAAAGCCUUUGCUUCUCUGGGGAAGAAAGUCAAUGUCACAAAAACCUGGGAAGAACAGACUGAAACCUUAAGAGACGUGGUGGAUUUCCUCAAAGGGCAACUGCCUGACAUUCAAGUGGAGAAUUUAAUGCCCAUUGAGCCCCUCAUUCUGCAGGCCCAGAUGUCUUGUGAGCACGAAGCCCAUGGACACGGCAGAGGAUCUUGGCAGUUCCUCUUCAAUGGACAGACGUUCCUCCUCUUUGACUCAAACAACAGAAAGUGGACAGCACUUCAUCCUGGAGCCAAGAAGAUGAAAGAGAAGUGGGAGAAGAACACGGAGGUGACCAUGUUCUUCCAGAAGAUUUCAAUGGGGGAUUGUAAGACAUGGCUUGAAGAAUUUUUGAUGUACUGGGAACAAAUGCUGGAUCCAACAAAACCACCUUCUCUGGCCCAAGGCACAACCCACCCCAAAGCCAUGGCCACCACUCUCAUUCCCUGGAGCCUCCUUAUCAUCCUCCUCUGCUUCAUUCUAGCUGGCAGCUGAGGAGACUUGUUUAGAGUGACAGGUGGAAGAUGAUAUCAAGAAGCCUCUGUUAGCCUGUUCUGGUUCCUGCUCUCCCUUCAGGGAGGUCGCCUGUCUACUCACCACUGUGCCUUUCUGGAAAGCAGGAGUGCAAGCCUUAGCAAGCCCACAGGCCCCCAGGAGAUGAUGAGGACGUUGUAGACUCAGCGUCUCAUGCCACUCAUUACCUUUGCUGAUGAUCCUAGCAGCCAUUUUUCUUAACGUCUUCUGCCACUUUCUCUCAGUGCUAACGGAUGGAAUUUCUGCACAAGUUUUAACUGAACAAGAAAUCCCAGCAAAACGCAUUUUCUUUCUACUUCUUUGAUUGUGGAAAAGCAGACACUUCUCUGAAGUAUGACCUUAUUCUUCCAAACAGGAUCGCUAGUAAAAUAGCAUGCUGGACUUCAGAGCUCAGGGAUCCUUUCCAUUUUAAAUUCUUGGAGAAAUCUCCAAACUGCUUUCCAUAGCAGCUGAACACAUUUGCUUUCCCACCAACAAUGUCUGUUUCCUUUUCUCUGCAGCCUCACCACCAUCUCUGACUUUGUGACUGGUUAGAGAUGGUAACUCAUUGCGGUUUUGAUUUGCACUUAUCUGAUGAUUAGUGAUAUUAAGCAUUUUUUCGUGUUUGUUGGCCAA